GUUUACACGCAGUUGCAACAGGGAGACUUUAGAUCGUUAGAACGCAUUCCAUUCGCUAAAAGCCACAUACAUUUCUGCAACUAUGGAAACACCACAGGAGUCCUCUUACAUUUGGGAAUUUUACAGUCCUAUUGAUCAAACAACCAUGAAAAGUUAGACUCUCUCUCUCGGUUAUGCGCAUCAACAACAACAAGAUCAACAACUAACACUAGCCGGGUGAUCAUCGACAAUGGAGCAGGUGUUGGUCAACAUUCUGGAUGAGGUGACGAGUGAGGAGAUGAAGAGAUUUCAGUGGCUCCUGAUCAGGCACCAGAGGCGUGGCUAUGAGCCUAUCAAAAAAAGCGAGUUGGAUCGCGACACAAGCAGGGAGAAUACCGUGGAGCUGAUGGUGAACAAAUACAAAGAGAAUGGGGCUCUGGGCGUCACAAUUAAUAUCCUGAAGAACAUGAACCAGAAUACACUUGCUGACGAGUUGAAGACAAAGGCAAACAUUCUCAAAAGAGCGCAAAACAGCACUGCAAAGGUGAGCACUGCGGCGAAGAGUACUGCAAAGGAGACACCAGCGGUGAAGAGUACUGUGGCGAAGGGUACUGCAAAGGAGACACCAGCGGUGAAGAGCACUGCAAAGGAGAGCACUGCCACUGUGGUGGAGAGCACUAUGAAGGAGAGCACUGCCACUGUGGUGGAGAGCACUACGAAGGAGAGCAUUGUAGCGAAGGGCACUACAAAGGAGAGCACUGCGGCAAAGAGCACUGCUAAGGAGAGCACUGCGGCGAAGAGUACUGCAAAGGAGAGCACUGCGGCGAAGAGCACUGCAAAGGAGACACCAGCGGUGAAGAGCACUGCAAAGGAGAGCACUGCGGCGAAGCGUACUGCAAAGGAGAGCACUGCAAAGGAGACACCAGUGGUGAAGAGCACUGCAAAGGAGAGCACCGCCAAUGUGGUGAAGAGACCUGCAAAGGAGACACCAGUGGUGAAGAGCACUGCAAAGGAGAGCACUGCGGCGAAGAGCACUGCAAAGGAGAGCACUGCGGCGAAGAACACUGCAAAGGAGGACACUACCACUGCAAAGGAGACACCAGUGGUGAAGAGCACUGCAAAGGAGACACCAGUGGUGAAGAGCGCUGCAAAGAAGAACACUGCCACUGUGUUGAAGAGCACUGCAAAGGAGACAGCAGUGUUGAAGAGCACUGCAAAGGAGAACACUGCCACUGUGUUGGAGAGCACUGCAAAGGAGACAGCAGUGUUGAAGAGCACUGCAAAGGAGAGCACCGCCAAAGGCACCUGCAAAAAGUGAGCCGUUCUGGAUCAAGAGGAUGGGCCAAUAUGGUAUACUUUAUUUAGGUCCAUGUACAUGUCAAAGACCAGUUUACAAUUGAGGAGGAUUGUAAAACUAUUUUCUUAAGCUUUUCUCAGAAUAUUUGGAAUUUUACAACCUGACAAUUAAAUGAAAAAAAUAUAUUUUUAA